ACCCGAGCGAGACGAACCAAGACAGCUUCUGACUCUUUUCUGUUCUUUUCUUCUUUCUCCUGGUGGUGUUAAUUCAAAUGAUGAACUCCGGAAGCCUGCAGAAGAUGUUUUUGGCGACCGCCGUUCUGGUGGUCCUGGUCCAGUGCGGACACGGACAAGGGAAGCCCACAGAAUGCUGCAAGAAGGUGAGCAACAUGGAGAUAACGGAGGAAGUCGUCGGGUACGUAGUGCAGACUGCACAAGCGCCGUGCCUGCCCGCCGUCAUUUUCUACACCAAAGACAGCUUCUACUGCGCCGCAAUACGCGCCCCGUGGGUCCUCAAGAAGGCCGCCGCCAUCAAGAAGGCCGCCGCCGCCGCCGCCGCCGCUCGGGCUUCGACCACCGGCUCCCCGACCCAAAGCUCGCUGCUCUCCAUUCUCACCUCCGCCGCCUCCGCCCCUUCUUCAUCUCCACCAUCAUCAUCCUCACCCUCCUCCACCCCAUCAUCAUCAUCCACAUCGUCGCCGUUAUCGUCCUCCUUCUCCCCUCGCCUCCGUCCCGCGCGUCACUAAGAAGACGAGUGCUUCAUUUGGAGGAUGAAGCCUGAACCUCUUUAGUUUAUUACAAUUAUUUAUUGGUAUAUUAAUUUACUGUUGUCUAUUAUUUAUUCCGUAAAGUCUUAUUCAUUAAUUUAUUUGGCGUCAUUAAAAUGGAAAAUGUUAUUUAUUUAUGAUGUUACAGUAGGCGUGUUAUUAGUGGUCAGAAAUUAAUAAUAAAAAAAGAAUUGAAGUAUUCGAAAACUU